CACACGCACACACACACACACACACACACACACACACACACACACACACACACACACACACACACACACACACACACACACACACACACACACACACACACACUGCUUAACAACUGGCUGGGAAAAAAAGAAAAACCUCAGACAUGGAUGACCCACUCACAAAAUGGCUCCACAGUAACAUCAACACGACUGGAACGACUCCCAAGGACAUCAAACUGCUCAUCAUUUUCGACGUGUCUGCCACAAGUCAUGUUCCGGCGAUGAAUUAAUCGAGGGGCAUUUUAUUUAGGAUACAGCGGGACUGCAAUAGGGGCCACGGUUUCAAAAUGAUGGAAAAAAAGGAGCAGGAGCUUUGUCCUGGAAGUCCCGACGCAGGAUCCGGCCCUGGAAGGCGCGAGGGCUCCGCCAUCAUCUCCAGACAGAACGGAUACAAGAAGGACGAAGAGCCGCGGAGAGAAAAGAGGGAAGAAGAGAAUGAGGAUGAUGAUGAGGAGGAGGAAGAGGAGAAGGGGAGGGGGGGUUUCUUCAAAGGGGUUGAGGAGACGGAUGACGUUCCGCUGCAGAACUCGAGCAACGGGACCAGCAUCAGCAUCAUCAUUAACGGCGUUGCCAAGGAAACUGCCCCUCACAACGCCCUAGACCUGAAAAGGGAAGUGCCGGUGAUCGAGCUCUCCAGGAGGGACGCUAUAAAGGCGGUGCAGCGCAGGACUGAAAGCCAUUUGGUGCCGAUCACGGAACUUCGCAGACCUCCACCGCUGCCGCUACCACCGCCGCAACGAGACGACGCUCGAAUGGUCCAACUGAGCCCAAACGCGUUUCCUGUCCCGGCGCGGGCGAUGCUCUACAACCUGGCGCAGCCUCUUGCCGCCAUCAACAGUCUUGGAGGAGAGUCAGAGCAGUACAGCAUGUACCCCAGCAACAGGGUAAAGCGCCGCCCGGCGCCUUAUGAGGUUGAACUCGACGAGGGUAGGCGCAUUUUAGAUCUUUAUAAGUAUGCUGGCCAGCCAAAGAUUGUCCGCCGCAUCUUCACAAACAGCCGCGAGCGAUGGCGGCAGCAGAAUGUAAACGGUGCAUUUGCCGAGCUCCGUAAACUCAUACCCACUCACCCUCCAGACAAGAAGCUGAGCAAAAAUGAGAUUCUGAGACUUGCCAUGAAGUACAUCAGCUUCCUCUCCAACCUCCUGGAGGAUCAGGACGGAGGAAGGAACGUUGGCGGCACAACUGACGGGGACACGGGGCUUCUGGUUGGCGUUGCGACUCAUGAGGGAGGCCCUCAGGGAGCGCCGCAUCAGGAAACUGUGGUGGGCUUGGCGAGGGAUGAUCUUCUGGAGACAAUGUCACCGAGCUCCAGCUGUGGAAGCCUACCAGACGGUGAUGCAGAAGGGAGUCCUGAGAGCUUCAUGGAGGACCAGGACUCACCUCCAGCUCCAAGGACUCUAACAACCUCACGCGGGCCCUCGCUGCAUCUAGCAGCUAGAGAUCUCAGGCGCAAUGGACGUCCAUUAGAUGGUUCCACUCGGCGAUGAUGCUGAUGCCAGCAGACCACAGAAACAACACCUAAGACUAAAUAAAACCAGUUAGGGAGAACUUUUUACAAAAGAUAUUCUUAGAAUCCCGUUAUCUCUGAGCUUUCAGAUUAGCCAGAUAAAUCCAGCCACAAAGUGAGAUGGUAGUAUUUAAAAUGGAUCUCGAGUACCCUCUUGUCUCUAUACGGCACACGAGACAAUGAACUGAUCCAGCAACAACUUCUAAAACUCAGCAUUUGUAAUCCAAUCUGCAGAUUAUUACGUUUUUGUUUGAAAUUUCCAACGGCACUCUGAAAAUACAUACAUAAAACCACAAAAACGAACGAGAAAAGGGGAAAUACAACAAAAAACAAAGUGAAAGGUCACUCCUCAUGUUUGUUUACAAAAUGAGCUGGAAGUAUGCGGAUCAGGAAUCCCAAUAACUUUACCUAAAAUGGCAUUAGAGCACAAUAGAAACGCUAUUAUUCUUUGUAAAUAUUAUAUUUCCAGUGCACAAUGUUAAACAGUGACAAUUCUAAGUCAUGUGGUUUAAAAUGUACCAUAGUGUGUUUGUCAAUAAGUUUACUAUCAAAACUGUCUUUCAGGGGGACAGACAACAAGAAAUUAGAAAACUUCUAAAUGUAAAGCUAACAACCGAACGUACAGAUGAAAUAUUGUGGUACCGCUUCCUUCUGUUAAACUUUGGUGAUUAAGAAAAUGGCAACAAAUAUUUCUAGAGACAGUCAAACAAUUUCACUGUCUGGGGUCAAAGGUAUCUGUUUGACAUUGUUGUGGAGGUACAAGAUGAUCAGUGCUCUUAAAGUGUACAAAAAGGGGUCAAAUGAAACCAGGAAGUGACUCGUGCAGUUCUUUUUAUAUGAAUGUGUCAGUGUUUUUUUAAACUGUACUGCAGAUGUAGUUUAGCAAGGUACAUGAAUAAAUCCCUUUGCUCCUGCAUUAUACAUGCACGCACACACGUUUGCAUGCACACACACACAUGCAUGCAUGCACACACACACACACACCCACACACCCCGAUAAGCAGUGUUAAUAUCAUAAGAACACCAGCAGUUUUCUGAUAAAGGCAGUUAAGUAUUGCUCACUGUUGUUGGUUAUUCUGCAUUUUUUUUGCAGAACCUAGUAGCCUAUACUGGUACCUUUGAUAUUUUAUGGAUUACAGUAAAGGAACAUUGUAUGUUUGGUAAUGACAUAUUUGUUGUAUGAUAGCUGUAACUAUAAAUAUAUCCAAUGUUAAACUGAUGAAUUUUAUACGAAGUAACUGAAUAAAAUAUGCAGAAGAAAAUUCUGAUAUUUGA